CUGGUCUCUUUAUAUGGUGUUGGAUAAUCUUUCCUUGAUCAGUUGACUUCUACGGUUGAGUUAGACUCAGUGUUGAUUUCAUUGUAAUAUUAUAUAGCAAGACCGAUGUUUGUAUUAUCUUGUUAUGAAAUGAACCCUGUUUCAAAUUCUCCUAAAGCUUUCCUUUUUGUUUGUCUGUCUAAAAGUCUAUGAAUCCUGCUUGACCCGCCCUCAUCAGUCAACCCUCUUGAGGGGCGUCGAUCAUCACAUGGAAAGUUUGUCAAUCCUGCUUGACCCGCCAUCAUCAAUCAGCCCUUCUUGAGGGGCGUCGAUCAUCACAUGGAAAGUGCAUCAAUCCUGCUUGACCCGUCCUCAUCAGUCAGCCCUUCUUGAGGGGCGUCAGGUCAUCACAUGCAAAGUGCUCAAUAUUCUUGUUCGUUACAAUCUUCUUUUACUUCAACCUUUGAUUAAUAACAUGUUCCUAAUUACUUGUUAAAAAGGAAAAGCAUAGUUUUAAUCAUUAAUUAACUGCAUUUCAAGAUUCUGUUCCCAUCUUAAUCCUCUGUUCCAAGUGAUUAUAAAAAUUAGAAACAGGGCAAACAGAGAGCUAUCAACAUUUUAAUUAUCUAUAAUCUUGAUUAAUUUCACUAAUCAACAUGUCUUCUUCCAGUGAAUCAAAUUUAGCAAUUGCCAAAACUGUAAUAUCAGCAAUUGGCUCAGCUGCUGCAAUGUCCAUGUUGAUACAUAAUCUCCCACCAGAGGUUCAAGAUUACCUCUUUUUCGGCCUCAGGCACGUAUUUAUUAAAUUCUCGAAUCAACUAACUAUGGUGAUUGACGAAUUUGAUGGAAUGAUGAGCAAUGAAGUAUACGAAGCAGCUCAAAUUUACUUAGGCACGAAGCUGUCUCCUGAGACUCGUCGUUUCAAAAUUAGCAAAUCUGAGAAGGAGAAGAGUUUCAACACGAGCAUGGAAAGAAAUGAGGAGGUCAUAGACUAUUACAAAGGUCAUAAGUUCAAGUGGAUUUGGGUGUGUAAACAAAUUCAAACAUCAAGAGAGUCGUUUUACAAUCCUCGCGAUAUCAACUCUACUAUGAGGUCUGAGGUAAGAUCCUACGAACUCAUGUUUCAUCGAAAAAGCAAGGACUUUGUCCUUGAAUGUUACUUGCCUUACAUUAUCAACGAGGCGAAAUUGCAUUAUCUUGAAACCAAGACACUUAAAAUCCACACUAUGGAUUAUGAGAAUAUGCAUGAUCUUAGUGAAGUGUGGACACCGGUGAGUCUUGAUCAUCCCGCGACCUUUGAGACAUUAGCAUUGGACUCAGAGCAAAAAGAUGAGAUUUUGAAGGAUUUGGAUAGAUUCGUGAAGAGGAAAGAGUAUUAUAGGAAAGUUGGGAAGGCGUGGAAAAGAGGGUAUUUGUUGUAUGGUCCUCCGGGGACAGGAAAAUCUAGUUUGAUUGCAGCUAUGGCGAAUUACUUGAACUUUGAUAUAUAUGAUUUGGAGUUGACAGAGGUGAAGAAGAACUCGGACUUAAGGAGGUUGCUUGUGGCAACCGCUAAUAAGUCCAUUUUGGUGGUGGAAGAUAUCGAUGCUACUAUUGAUUUGCAAGAGAAGUUGUCUAGUCGCGUAACUGCUCCUUCAAAUGACUCUCAUGAGGAAGAAAGCAAGGUGACACUAUCCGGUUUGCUGAACUUCAUCGAUGGAUUAUGGUCAAGUUGUGGCGAUGAACGAAUAAUAAUUUUCACAACGAAUCAUGUGGAAAAGCUUGAUCCUGCAUUGUUGCGACCAGGACGAAUGGACGUACACAUUCACAUGUCAUAUUGCACUCCUUGUGGCUUCAAACUUCUUGCCUCCAAUUACCUUGGAAUUACAGAGCAUCAACUUUUUGAAGAAAUUGAAAACUUAAUCGGAGCCACAGCGGUGACACCGGCUGAGGUGGCUGAGAAACUGAUGAAGGAUGACGAUGUUGACAUUGCAUUAAAAGGCUUGAUUGAUUUUCUUCAUAUGAAGGAGAAAGAACAUGAAGAUAUCGAGGUUGAGGAAAAAGAAAAUGAGUAAAACCUACUCGCUCUGUUCACUUUUACUUUCGUUCACUUUUACUUUCGCGUUUUGCGUUUCAAAAAUCAAAUUGUAUGAACUUCGAUAACUAUUAUAUUUGCAGAACUUGUAAAAAUUAAAGA